AUGGAGGUUACCUACAAGCUGUACGAAGCUCCCAAAAGCGUUCUUUGGUCGACCGGCAGUUCAGACACAGUAGGUCCAAAGAUACCCAGAAGAUCCCGCAAUUGAGAAUGUGCUGUGUUGUAUCUCAGAGCCCACUCGCAACUUUUGAGCAGUUCUAUUAUUCACUUGAUUAUAGUGGCCGCUACUUCUUGGUCUCUUCUGUGCCUUCCAGAUGAACAAAUUAUGCUGCAUUAGCCACAAACAAUAUGUACUAUUUGAAUUCACCAGACUUAUGACGAAAAUAUAAUGUGAAAGCAGUUAACAGCAAUGCAACUCAAGUGCAAUCACGUCACGUGUGUCAUGCCGUCAACACCAUAUAAUGACAUUUACGCACGUCUAGAUGUAACGCAAUCAAAGAACGGCGACCAGGAAACGCUCGGACUACCUAAGCGGGUCAACCAAUGAUGCGUCAGAGAUUACUAUCUUGAAAAUUCGCCAUUUCCGUACAUCGCAUCGAUAUCAAAUGCUGCUAGGGUCGUCAUCUGCAAAUGCAAGAGAGUACGACGGUUGUGCAACUUUGUUACUUACCGGAUGUCCCUGUAGUACUUUAUAUAGAUUUGUGCAAAUGCGAGCUACCUACGUCUCAAAAGCGAGGCAAGUGAUAGUUUUAAAGCAAAAUGAUUGUGACGCAGUCGGCUAUGUGCGGCACAAUUUUACGAAUUCUCAUCUGCCUAUGAAGGGCUGCCGUGUCUAACUCUCCCUUUGACUUUGUCGUAAUAUUUUACGGCUUCCUAGAACAGAUUACUUCUGCGUCUUAAUGCUGCCCCAUUUUUAUAGACUGUGCAUUAACUGACAGUUAUGUGAGUGACCUACAUAUGUUUUUUUGACGCUUCAGCCUGAAUACCAUUUGUGGAGCUGCGAUGAACAGGGAAACAUCUUUUUUCUGUCCUCAUGGAGUGUAGGUUGGCGGCAAUUAAAGGCGCGUGCAGGGCCUCAACUCCGGAUUAAGAGGCUUACUGCAAGCUCAUGGUGUGUAUGGGCCAUCGCUGCUGAUCAGUCGCCAUAUCUUUUUGUGCCCAGUGAUGGUACCGAAAUACGUCUGACGGAAAUUAUUACUCAGCAUGAAGUACCUUCCUUUUCCGUUUUUCUACCUACUCUUACUUGGUUUAGCGUUGGAAGCCUGCAUCAGGCUUUUCCGCGGAAAACUUAUCUUCUUCCGACCCCCUGUCUACUAUAAGAUCAGGAUCCAUAGAAAACACAGGAAACUGGAAUUGUCUGCCUUCAACUCGUUGGAAAUGGGAAUCUGAGGAUUGGGAGUAUGUAAUUCAGCAAAGUGAGGACAAGGCAGUGAGUCAAAUGUGACCACCAGAAUUUUUUUCUUCUGACUCUUGAAUACCUAGUUUUUAAACGCUUUUAUCUUAUAAACCCUUCUGUUCCAUCCUUUCCAUUCCUUGGUAGCUUUAAUGCAGAAAUUUUCACAGGGAGAACUAUGUUCGAGAGAGUCCUGCAUGAACACUUCCCAUACAUUCAAGAAUAAUACUUUUAAAGACCUCUCUCCUGGAGAUCUUGGGGGAUAUCUUAUGUCAUGCUAAUGUAUGCUUUGUCCUUAUGUAAGAAGGACAUCCAGAAUGUUGUUAUAAAACCUUUUGACGUUUCCGCUCUCAAAUUAGUAUUUUCAGUUUUUUCAUGUCACGGAUCCUCGAACUUGUUUUUUCUCAGCGAUUGCACACAAUUUUUUGAAGAGAAUUUCACUAGGCCAACUCGAUUCAAGCAAAUGAAAAUGUGUUUGUAUGGCGCCCCCUCUAAAGGAUAACGUUUGUACCAUGUCAUAUAUGCAGUUAAGACCAGAAGUAUAGUGUCAAGGAGUAUUAAGGACACUAAAAGCCCACAGGCAAUCUGUGUCAGCGAAGCCCUUUAUCAACUUCAGAAGGGUAAUCAAACGUAGGCACUGUCUUAACAUCCACGCAGUGUUUUUCCCGUAGCUGCGUUUUACCGGGAGACAGCGGUUAAGAUGUAAUGAACUGCUUUGUUAGUUCACUUUAAGGCAAGCAUUUGUGAGGCUAACUCUCGAGAGCAAAGAUACUAAACGAAGCACGUGAUUAUUGACACACUGGGGUGAUGGUUACGCGUUCGCUUACUAAAUACUUCACCUUCGUAUCGUUUAUCAAACAUGCCUGAUCGCAAAGCGGACACGAGUGUUCCGUUUAGCCUUUGAAUUCCAUUCUGGAGAUCCUACACACGGUUCCCUAGCAAUUAGCAGUCAAUAAUAGAACGUAGCUCAUCCGUUGCAAACCGCGCGAAUCUUCAAUGACCUGCAAAGCACUGAGUGGGAGUUUGCCCGUAGAUUUCUUUAUAGUGGCGCAGACUUGCGCUACAUCUACCUCAUUCUUUAUUUGUAUACUUACUGUGAUGUAGCAGCAGGAUAAAGUUGCUACGGAUAACGCACGCCUCACAGUAACCAGGCUUCCAAGAAGAAGGGUCCCGGAUCUCACAAAAGUUUUAGUGCCGUAAGGGCCUCAUUGAUAAAGAGCUAUUGCUAUCUGAUUCUAACUCCAGAUGACUUAGUUAUGCCCUCGGUUUGUGGUCCUCCAGACUUCGAAAAUGCAUACAUUUACAUUAAACAACUUUAGCUCACGUUCGGAGUUGGGUCAAAGUAACUCUCUUCGCUUUCUCGUGUGCCACUUACUUAGCUAGGUUAAACCGACGGAUUAAGAGACUGAUCACAGUGGCUGACAUGACGUAAAACCGUCAUCCGGCGCUCGUCGCCAACGGAUCCGGAUCGGAUGUUCAUUACUGCCGCUAUAAGUACCACAUUAAGACGGCACCAUUAUGGCCUGAUAUCUUAUCCCAUAGAAGGCGUAAGUGAAUUCAUCAUUUGCCAGUCCACAAAACCACACAUUUUGUGCAUCAGGGUUAUCAUAACGAGAACGCCCUUAAUCGCUGAGGGAAAUCACACCUCUGUCCACUUUCCCAUGCAUUCAUGAUCUGUCGGCAUGCUGGUUAUGACGUUUGGCGCAGUGGCUGGCGCCGCGUUAGCCUGCGGCCAAUCUGUGAGUCUCACACGUAUGACAUUAUCCAGGGCCCAACGCGGUCCUACUAACACAAUGACAUAACGGUGCAGCUAGUUGGUAGUGAAUCCGCCAGAAAGAUGACUCUUAGCAUUUCCUAUAUCAGCUUAAAAAAUUUGUUGACAAAGAGUAGAAAAAUGACUGAAUUAAUUACGAAUGGAUUUAUUUUCUGUAAAACUUAUGUUUUUUGCGUCGGUGAAAAAUCGAAAAAGUUAUCUUCUUCCUGUUGGAUGACCCUAAGACGUGAACUAGAAGACGCAAAUUCAAUGAAACCCCCGAGCCUCGAUGAAUGCACGUUUUCCCGUCUCAGCUCUUAAACACCACUACGCCAUCCUAUUAAACAACGCCUGGAUCGUCGCAAACUGGCCUAUUUGUGAAAAAAACAUAAUGAUAUUUUUUUCGGAUUUGACGACUUAUUGCACAUUCAGUGCUGAAACGGCCCGCUUGGUCUCCACAAGAAGAAUUUUUUGCCUUAGUAAUUUUAAUCGAAGUGUUUUCACAGUCACCCUGAGUGCUGAGACUGAGACAUCACCUACUCCUCAAUGCUACUGAGAAUUGCGCCGAGUUAAAGCCGCAGUCAAGGAGACCAACGCAUGCAGUUACCUUUUUUUAUUGGUAAGCUGAUUACGCAAAAGAACAUGGAUAUUCUCACUAGACACCUCGCUCUUCUGUUUUGUUACCAUACCAAAGAUCUCUAUGUUUGUCAUCUGGUUGCCCUCAUAGUUAUACUCAGGAACCGAGGUGUCGUCAAAUUCGAUAGGUGUGGAGGAGCGUGGGCGCAUGGCCAAGUUCCCCUUUCGCCGGACAUUGCAUGUCGUACUGACUCUGUCGUCACUCGUUGAGGCCUUAUCCGCCUGUCUGGCUAAUUGCUAUCCGGUGCGUCCACAGGUCGCGGACAGUGAAUCGGCCUUCAGCAGAGGUUAAAUACAGAUUAAUCGAACUCUCCUAUCUAUCGAAUAGGUAUUCCAUGACCAGCGUUGACGGAAAUACUAGGGCUGCCUUAUAAAAUGUCCAAAAAACACCGAUGACGGCACUGUGACAGCGACUAUAAACUGCCAUCAAAGAAGUUUUCUAUUAGGCUUUUAAGUUAUGACGAUAGAAGAGAUAACCUCUAGCAACCUUUGGGGACGCACCUAUAUUCAAGAUUUCCAAGAAGGCCCGCGAAAAUGCCCGAUUCAAGUGUCACAGGCCAUACAAAGACGCCCACGGCAACCGACGCGCCACGUAGCCCUAGUAUAACCGUGCGGGCGGGAGUUGGAUUAAUCGGUCGAGGACGUCUUGCGUAAAAUGUUAGAACGUCCGAACUUUUCUCAGCCCUGGUACUCAAAGUCUGGUGAGACACAAUCCUCACCAGCAUAUUAUCGGUACCUUCUACCUGUCUGGGGUUCGAAUCCCUGACUUAGGCUCUUGUGGGAUCAAAAUCAUGGGAUCAACUCUAACCUCUGUAUUGCAACGUGACAACGUUGGUAGAGACAGUGUGGUGAUAAAUGACUGGCCACCUUACAUACAACUGAAAAGGCACUUUACUAACAUCUCUGUUGUUUCCCUCUACGGAGCAACCUUACCUGCGCAAUGAAGAAACCUACUCGCAGCUGCAGAAACAGGUCGAAGACUUCUUUGCAACGGCCUAUUGAUUACUACCUGAUACUGGAAUGGCCCGGCUUGAUCAGACAGCACUUUAACAGGCUUCAAGGCGGAAACGAUAAAGGGGCGUUGACGUUUGUUGACCAAGACCGGCCAUUCAUCACGAUCGUCUGCUUCCAAUGUCAUCGCAGGCAUCUGUUGACCUGGUAUUCAAACAAUGGUCAUAUGGCCGGCCGGAUUGACUACAUUCCAGCUAGUUAAACGUCUCUUAGCUAGGUUCAUGAUAGUAGAUCGAUACAUGAUGUCGAAACUGGCAGCAUCAUACCAUGUUGUCGUUCGUACUCGCCUGAAAAUUUAACUCUCAUCUGCGCCCGGCUUGCCACAUGCCAUGAUGUCACAAACCCAGCGCAGAAAAGACUCUAAGCACAUGAACUUAAUCUCGCUGUGCAACCCGGAUCGAAUAAGACACUAACAAGUAGUCAUCACUGAAGUCUUAACUCCCUGAGAAGCUGUUGGAAUUCUCGGAUUCACUCAGUGGCUCUUCACUGACUGAACCAACUGAAGAAUCUCCUAAGUCUUUGUCCAGGCAGCUUGGACCUAAUUACAGGACGAUGAUUCCUCCUAGUAACUUCGGGAAAUGACGACAAUGUCUCCGGAACUAGUAAAUUGUUCGCCAUGAGAGUUGCUACCUUAUUGGUCUCUGUUACCAUCCUGCAGUAGAGCGCACGGUGGGCAUCGUCGGUCACGACGGUCGAACUGGCGGGAUGACUGGCUCGAAGACUAUGAGUGGUUCCUUCUUAACAUGGCUUCAAUGGUCGGCCGUUACAAUCGACGACGUCCUUCGCGUGGUCCACGAAGUUAACACAGCGUUAACCUACGUAUGAACUAGUUUAUAGAAAGGCAGGCUUGUGCAGUACCUACUGCACUUUCCUGUCCUUCUUCCACCUUCCUUUCGAUAGAAAAACAAUGUCAAGGCGACCGAAGGUGGACGCAGACCCAAUAACUGAAUAAACUAGACCCGUCUACGCCUGCCAUGCACGAACCGGUUUCCACUUCAUGCACCGGGUUAGAGUAAUGGUGGCCGGGAUCUCAUAUGGGUGGGAAUGCCAUAAAAGCUUCUCCGCACCGAAAUGAGCUUGUUUUCAUACCCUCUUCAUGGGUCUCGGUGUCCUGCGUACGACCGAUCAGCGCAAAUUAUUCGGCUCUGCAACAGUUGGAGACAUGCUCAGUUAUGAGGGAAGCAGAAAAAGCCGAGGACGUGUUUUGAUACAGUCCCGCCGUGACAGGUCUUUCGACCACACGCUUGUUAUGACGAGGGACGACAUUAGACCCAGUAGCGUUGCUGCUUAGAUUAAAUGCAGUGCGACUUUGUUGUGAAACUGUAAAGAUUAUCCUGUUGACAGGAGUUGACAUGACAGCUGACUUUCAGGCAUCCGUGCCACAUGCCAUUACCGACAACAAACAAUGGUUGCACUUGGUCAGUGGUCUUUAUGGGGCUCGCAACGCGCCCAUUUCUUUGCAUAACACUAAUCUACUCUAAAGCGGUUCCGAGGAGGAUGGAUUUUUGUCUCAUGCCGUAACAGUGAGCAGACUCAGGCAUUGUAGCUGCGUUUCCUGGUAGGACAGACGUCGUCAGUCGGUAGUGGCAGAACAGACCCCUGGGCGUCCACGACGUUUCAACUUGGUACCUGGAUAAGCUGCAGCCCUACCUUUCCCGAAGUACAAUAUUAAGGAGAAGACCGCCAUCUUGUUCUUGACAUUCAACCCCUUUCAACUCCUUCACGCAAUUCCCACCAACUGUAACGCUGAAAUUCAGAGAAUGUUGAUGCCUUGUCCAUCAGGGAAGGGUGAACAGUGGCUUAUAUCCACGAACCUCGUUUUGUGGCCCUUUUGCGUUUUGCGUCCCAUCUACCGCCUUGAUUAUUUGAUUGGUCGAAGACAACCGUACUUAGUGCCGCCGCGCGCUAGCAUCACGCAUCGACCUGUCGAGCAACUGGGAAUCCAUCGCACCAAGACUAACAUACCGGUGUCAUGCGCACCAAUCUACACCCCUCGCACCCGCUCCAUCUGUUCACACUGCCCCCGGACCUUCCAUCAUCGCAUGGGCCUGUUCGGUCAUAUGCGCAUUUAUAAAAACCUGCAGUAAAACACCACGGAACUCACCUUACCACUACAUCUCGCCCCACCCGUCCAUAAAUCACACAGAAACCCACCCGAAACACAGACAAAACAUACGCCGCUCACAUCAACGAAAAGCAUGCUCUUCGGCGCAACCUGGUUUCUCACCGGGUCGUAUAUGACACAUGCAAACGUGUCAUUGCACUAUUGUCAGCCACUGCGUCCAAAUCGGAUGCCAGAUGACUGACCGGAUCGGGCAGUGGACUGCUGCAGGAGAGAGGGAAAAAAGAGUGAGGUGGACACUUGGAAACUCAUCUCCACAGCACAUCGACGCAUUCCUUACUAUAAUAAAUCUGAUGCACUUUGGAACUAUCACGAUGCGCUGGAAGCCGUGGCUUGCAAGGCUGUCAGCUGACUGAAUAUCUCGGUCUUCGUGAUCAGUGCUGUGUGUAUAUGUGGGGUGAUCGGCUCCUAAAACGGGCCACGCGGUAGAUGCAUUGGACCAACACAGGAGCUAGAUCGGAAUCCGACAGGCGUUAUCAGGAAUGCGCAUCCACAACAAAUGCCAACAGUGGGGCGCGUGAGCCCAGUCGCAGGCUCCCAUUCUCGCCAGUUGAGAUCGCUGUCGCCGCUCCAUUUUCUUACUGUAUAAAAUCCUGGCCAGUGUCCGUUGGGGACCAAGGGGUGUGAUGGUAGGCCUAGGUUCGGGUCCCUCCGCACCAGUGACCGGCGUCCUCUCUCGCCUCCCGUCCUCUUGACUGUUUUGACACCGGAUCCAGGCGUUUGGGGAGAGGAUGCGGUAGACGCAGCGAAAGUCAACCAUUACUAAUUUGUGCGCAGGUCACCGUCUCUGUUACCAUCCUGCAGUGGCCGUCGUCGGUCACGACGGUCGAACUGACGGGGUAACGGGCUCGAAGACUAUGAGUGGCUCCUUCUUUACAUGACUUCCAUGGCACUCUGGCGAACGCGGAAUCCUGGUUGCCCCUAUUGCGUGCAAACCUGGUGUGUUGUGCGGGACUAGGUAGUGUCGCACUCGUAGACGGACCGUUCAGUUUUGUCAGCCACUAAGCCCGAGUCCACCUCUGUUCGUCUUGACAUUGUCUUGCCAUCAGAGCCUGGCAGGAGAAGGGAGAGGGAGUGAGGUAGAUGAUGCGCAAGCCAACCUUUCUGUAAAUUAAUUCACUUGCAAGUCACUGUUGUUGCACCCACUCCGUGGAAACACGGUGAACAUCGUCGUCCACGACGCUUAGCUCUUAAAUUUGAUGGUACACGGAUCGAAGACUAUCUUCUCAUAGCAUAGGCAGGAAGGCAGUUCGUUGGAGUGACAACAUUGCUGACAUAGAUCAUGUCUUCAUUACGAGACUCUCUUUGGUGGCGCGGACUCCUGGUCAAGUGACAUGAGAGCGGCGUGUGCUGCACGUCAAAGCCAGGCCGUGGCUGCUCUACCUUGGCGAUUCUCAGCGCAAAAUAACAGAGUUCUUCGCCCCUUUCGAGGUACUUUUUGUCGGUACAUAUCGUGUUUGUAUACCCGUCUAUCCGCGCUACCAGGGUCCUGGGUCACAUCGAUCAGCGCGCCGCGCUUACAAAACAUUUUUAUUGGUUUAUCAGAUCGAUGUAUGGACGAUCGAGUGACGCACGCAUCUACGGCCCUCGCAAUUCCGCCAAAUUUUGCUGACUGUGUCUUGCGCCUAGCCCUUUUAAGUGCCUGCAGUCGUUAUUUUACUUACGUGUUCAAAUCUCCUGAAAACUUUAAUUUUUGUUGUCUGUCUGUUUUGUUUUUGGAGUUCGCUGAGUCUUCGAACGCCUCCUCUUCGUAAUUUCCUUUCCAACUAAAUAUUCGAUAACACAGAAACCAAUGAAAACACCCUGUAGACAGUAAUUUCUAUCUUAUAUACAUAUAUAUAUAUAUAUAUAUAUAUAUGUAUUAGUUGUGGUACAAAUGCCUAGUAGCUAUAGAUGAAGGCGGAGCAUUCAAGCCCAGGCAGGCCACCCCUCUUUUAUGAAUCGGACAGCCAAAUGAUUCCUUGCACAGCGCCUGGGGAUCGGCCAAAAGUUCGCAGUUAGGAACUAGUCUGAACCUAGCUUUUCGAUACAAGCCUAUUUUGUUUUAUUUUUUCCAUAUUUUGUCGAGAUUUUGCAACUUAGUAGCAGGAACGCUACUGUCCUCAAAAAGUCACUUCACGUCUCCUUACUGUAUGAUGUCCCGCUUGUGGAUGGCGGUAACAAAACUGGUAUCUCAAUGGUACUCUUUCCAAGUUCACUUUGUCAAAGGAAAGGAGUUAGGAAAUUCAAGUGGCUACUCGUGUAUUGUUAAACCCCUGAUAACACCUUGUCAGCAUAAGAAAAGAAUUUAUCCCUAACAGCAAAUUGGACUAUCGGCACUGUUUAUACGAAUUUGAUAGGUAUGGAGUGGAGUUCAUAAAAACUUGCGUUAGUCGUUGCAGCCAAAAGCAGCACGUAGACUGGAGGGCUGCCAACGAACACGACAAUCAUAUCAUUUGUCUGUAUUUAAUCAGUUGAAAGCGGUCACUGCUUGUAUUGAAGUACAACUGAAGUUAUCGCACGAGUCCCAGCAGACCGUCGCAAGAGUUUCCUGACGCCUAGAACUUCAGCGAAGGCAGUAUUAAUGGUAAUACCGACUUCGGCGUCCAUUAAGAGGGACUACAAACACGCCUCGUCCCAAGGAUUAUGGCAAUAAUAUCGUCUAGUUUUCCCGUGGAUCCGCCCUCUUAGAGCAUAACGUCCCCACCCCUUCAUCCUUAAGUUCGCAGCCCCUAGUCCGUGCAAACUCAGCGUGUUGCGCAGGGCCAGAUUGUGCGUGGCGUGUGUGGACGGAGUGUUUAGUUUUGUCGGCCACUUCUCACCAUUGACCUUCAUAAACCCUUUCGAGUGAACCACACUCCGUCUGGUCGUUUCCUCUGAUGAGGAGUUUUUGUUACCAGCUCAAGCAUUCAAGAGUAAGCUUCUGGAACUUUAGGCGGUUCCCUGUUUGCCCACCAUCUUUCUAGCAUGCCUCUUGUCACAACCUAGCGUGCUUCUGUUUUCUCGGAAGCAUUCCUCCCUCACCAACGCGCAUUACCCGGGGCUGAUGAGGCUAAGCCUUAAGCGUUUAUUUGCCCCACUUACGUCACUUACUGUAACCUGUCCCACCGGCGGUAGAAAAGAAUGUUUACUGUCAAAAAGUUUAAAUAGCCUGGCUGCUAGGACUAAAGUUGUGGUAAAACUAGGCGUCUGUAUUCAAUCCUAGCUAUCCAGCGCAUUAUGUGGUAAUUUGAUCACGCCAGUGCUAAUGAGAUGCGUUGAGACGCAUUUGACAGCUCUGCACUCCCCGUUGGUUAGGACACUUUGCGCGCAAAAGCGUCAGUCUGCUAAUGUGCUCUCCCAGACUUCGAAUGGGGUAGAGGGGGUUUCAUGUUAGGAGCCCGAAAUCCAGUCUAUUCUGUAGGGUUGAGUAUGCCACCACCUCGUUUAAAUAUCUGAGAUGGUUAUAAGUAUUACAGCCAAAGAUGAGGACUACGGGAAUCAUCAUUUCUGGCUUCUUUGAAAUUGACAGCUAGCCAUGCCUUAAACUGGGUUGGGGAAAUCUGAGAUUUUCACCCGAGUCCAGUUAAUCAUCGGGCUGAGGGCUCACGCUUUGUUGUCUGUGAUCGGGGCUAUUUAAAGUCACUUGGGUUUGGCGUUCACUGAUCCGGAGAGAAUAUAACCCCUUUAAUAUAAGGCCCUCGCAGGCGGCUCCAAGACGAACACUCAUCAUUACGAGCUAGGUAAUACGCACAAACAGUUUUGUUCUUCUAUACAGCAUUUGCUGUGAGAUCGAGUACGUGAGUAUUUCCCUGAUCCUCCUACACAGGGCUGGGAGUACGCCACCUCGUUUGCACCCGAUGCGGUAUUCACUUCCUUCUACCGGGUCGAGGCAGUGGUUCGUCGACGCCGCUGGCAACGUGUCCGUCGCUUCCUCGGCCAUGACCGCUGGCUCCUCUGUCCCGUCUGUCUCACCGACCUCGACGAAUCAUCAGCGGCGGCGACUGCAGCUGUCUCGCUUGACUCCCAGCGCGAUGGUGGUCGUUCGGCCGGUGUCCUGCCCAUGCACCAAGUGAGCGUGGGUGGAGAGAAGCUGCCCCACCAAGCAGCCGGUUUCCUUGCAGUGUGGGCCAUUACAACUGAAGGACGCGUAAGUGUCUUUGAACACUGUUAACUUGCCCCUGAGUCAUUAACUAAUUCCUAUCAAGCGAUCUCAUUGGCGGUUGAUUUUCAUUGGUCCGACUGUGCACGUACACUGUGGUUGAGUUCCUCCCUCAGCACCAUGACGGAUAAUGCGGACUUUGUGGAGAGGAAGGGUUAUCACACGACAGUUCGACCGUCACUUCCGACGAUGUCCACCGUGUGAUCCACGGCACGGUGAGGCGGGGAUGGUAACUUGUGCGGGAUUUAGUUUAUAGUGAUAGUAGACUUGCACAGAAUCUACCGCACUAUCUUCUCCCGCACCUAUACCCAGCGCCAAGAGAGAGUCAAGAAGACCAGAGGCGGGGGAGGGCGUAGGCGGGUGGCACGGUGGAGUCCGCACCUUGGCACUCCACUCCACACUCCGCGGUCCACACUGCAAAUGACCAGGUUUUUGAGCAACAACAAAAAUGGGGAGACGGCAGGGGGUCCCAAUGUGCGCGACGUCUGCCGGCAACCGCACCCCGAAAUGUUGGCAUUUGUUAUGGUGCGCAAUCCGAUAACGCCUGCCGGAAUCGGAUAUGGUCCCCGUGUUGGUCCAGCGCAUCUACUAUGUGACCCGUUUGGGGGGCACGGUUAUCACAUGAACUCAUCACCAGAGACAGCGACAGAUGAUGUUUCAGCGAUUGCACCCCCUCCCCUCCUCAACUGCAUCGCCUUCGUAUCGGCAAAGUAGGCUUUUUUGACCACUUUCAUUUCUUCAGGGUUGAGACGGUGUGUGCAGGCGCGGUCUAUGUGCAUCCUACCCACUGCGUGCGCAGUUAGAUUGAAACUCGGACGGAGUUAUACUACUAACUGCUUUCGCCUCCAUUUGAUUUGCUUACUUUCACCCUGCCUGCUCCUCCGUCCCCGACAGAAUCAUUGGAAUGGCUAAUCGCGGCACGUACGCCUUCGAUUCGCACCAAAACCUUGACUGAACUCUCGUAAAAUCCCACCGGCGUCAAGCUGUUAUGAUCUGGAGGACUGAGCUGGCCCUUUUUAAUGUGGCCGUUAUGGCAUUCUCACUGCUGUGAGAUCCGAGUUGCCAUUAUAGGACCUGAUACAUGUUGUGGGAGCCAGAUCAAGUGCGCACGCAUAGACGGGCUGUUUAGCUUUGUCGACCACUGUAACCAAUCCCGUCAACAAGUAGCUGACAGACUUGCCACCUGCUCUAAAUCCGGUACUACAGUCCAGUUAGUGGCACUGAAGAGGAGUUCAGGUCAAAACCCGUCUCGAUGCAGUCCAACAAGGCAGUUGAAUGACUCUGUCACCUAUGAGCUUCGAUUCUCCCAGUUGGAGGAGACUGAGUCUAACUCGUAGCAUCUAAAUUCGCAUAGCCUCUCAGUCGAAGGGACCGGCCCAAGCGGACGCCUUCAACCCACCGAGGAGUCGUUAGUUCAAAAGCACAUAGGUAGCUUGAGCUACAGAUUCCCGGCUGUAACUGGCGCCCCGACGAAAUAAAGUGGUAAGCAGCGGUUAUGUAGCCCCACAUGAUGGACACAAUACUGUUGGGGUUAGGGUUAGGGUUAGGGUUAGGGCGACUAUUUCUCAACCACCUAAAGCACAACCGUGUAUUCCCAAUAGCUUUUCUUUUGCACACAGUUACUUGACGUCGUCGCCUGUGCGUUCCCCAGCCCCACCUGUAAAAACCCCCUAUUGUCACCGGUUUCGUAUUACAGUCAGCUGGGAUUUGUUUACUUCAGGUGGGUCUACAUGACCACAUCUGACCAAUAAAUUUUUACCAAACUCGGUGAUUUGAAUACACCAAGGACUCACUAUCCCAGGUGCUUCAAGCCUGCACUUUGGAGAAAAAGCUGGCGCACAGUUAAAAAAAGUGCAUGCGGCUCGGGACGAAGACACAUCGCACUCUGAAAGUCUUGUUCCCAGAUGUCGCCUGUUGCUUCUGUUCGCCUAAUGUAAUUUGCAUCUUCGGCUGAUCCCUUUCUACAACUGUCAAUGUUUGGCGGCCUAAGCUUUCGGUGCAGCUGUUAACUGCACACAGAGUUCCGGAAGAUGAUUGUUAAUCGUAUUAUAUACAAAUUAAGCAGAUGGAAAUAACAGGCAGAAUAUAGGAAAUAUGGCUGCAGGAUGCAUGCCACGUUUUUUUGUUCUUAACUAUGCACCAGCCUCUUCCUUAAAUUUAAGUUCGAAACGCUCACAGGUAGUGAUAAAUCCCCAUCAGAUGUUAACCAAAAUUCUGAAAUGCGUUUUCGACUAGGAAGGAUUACUUACUUUACGUUACCCCGUUCCCAUAUAAUUGUACUGGCCGGACGAAAAUUUAUCGAAAACGACCUCGUCUUCUGAUUAAUUGAAUUCGCAAAUAGAUUAUCAUGCAGUAUAAUCCCAAGAUAAUUCAGUCAUGCCGGAAUGUUGGCUUUUGGUGCUGUCCUUUUUGGCCACCUGCAAAAAUUGCACCCAUCAGAGAGUGGCUACUGAAGUAGUAUACUCUUUUUCUGUUGACUUCCGAUGCCAUUAUAAACCCAAAUAUGUUUUAUGUAACGUAUGCAUGAAAAUAUCAUUUUUCCUAUGCAUUCGAUAGCAAAUCACGUCCAGCAAAAUUUUAUACUCCAGGGCAGGGUAUUUUUCGGCAUUGAAAAGUACUGCAGUCAUCAACUAAUUUUUACCCACCCUGCAACUUCAUUUGCGUUUAGAAAUCUCAUUCUACAUGCCGUAUAAUUUUAGGAUGGAGGAAAUCGUGCAUUCCUUUAAGCCAUUAGGAAGGUACCAUAUAGAGUUCAUAAAAUUUCCUAGUAGUUGUGGACUAUGUUGUAUACUUCAUGAAGAACAUUAGUAAAUAGACCGAUACGAUGCUAUUUGAAGGGACAUUGCACGGUCUUAAAAAGUCCCGGUUAGGAAAUUUUUUAAAACCGAAAGAUGCCCUCUGUUUGAGUAUGACAUUUGAAGAAGAGGUGAUGUGCUACCAAAUGAGUACAAGAAAUAAUACUUUCAUUCAUGUUUUCUAUAAAUUAUGUUUGAAUUCAUAACGACAUCAAAAAUCAAUAUAAAAACUGCAUGUCGCUCAAAUAGUCAUUUUUAACGAGCGCGAUUUUCGCGGACGACCGAAAAGGGGUGCAACCAAAAGUCAGAAUUCCGAGAUUUCUGAAAAAAUCAUAGGAUUAUGCCGCACGGUAAUCAAUAUUACAGCUCCCUUUAAGUGAUCCUUCCUAGUAGAAAGCGCGUUUCAGAAUUCUGGUUAGCAAUUCAUGCGUUCUGGUCACUGACUCUAAGGUAGUGAGUCCUUUCUAGAUUCGACUAACUGUGUUCGUUAAAGAUUUUAUCCCAUCGUCGUGCUAAUUUUGGGCGAAAUCGGAAUCCAAAAUAACCUGCUCUGUUGAAUUAAUGACUACCAGCCGCCAGACGCCGAGCGAAACGAUAACCGUCGUAGCAACACAUUGGUCGGGCCAGCAGACAUUCUGAGCAGCUCGUGUGCGUCGGGUUGAGUUUUGGAUGUCAGUAGUCCGCGUUAGGAUUGCCAACGCGCUGAAUAUAGGUGCCACUGGCAACGACAUAGAGAAGGACCCUACUUAACUGUCAGUAGACUGUGGAUCUUGCCGUACGUGAUUCAUGGUAAAGGGAGUAUUAUGGGUGGGGCAGCACGUUGAACAAUAAGCUGACAUAAUGAAAGGAAACACAGAAAUUGCCUGAAUUUAUGCCAAAAAUCUUGUCCUGCGCUAUUGUACGACAACGGAAAUGAGUGUAGUAAUUAAACAAUAAACAAGAAGUAAAUUGCACAAAAUAACGGAUUUUGAGUUAAGCAACAAGGACGUGGGAACUAAUCGUAGUUGACAGUAUAGUUUCUGCAACAGCAUGCUAAUGUAUGCCAAGAUGAAACCCAAUAUGACACGACUCACAGUCUACUGAGAGUUAAGUGGGGUCCUUCUCUAUACCGUUGCCCGUGCCACUUAAUCAGCUCACAAGGUGGUAGGGAGGUUAACGCCUUCUGCAUAAACAGGUUUGUCAGGGUCGAUGAUUGGGCCUUUUUACGGUCCGCGGAGACUCUAUCAAGGCGAAGCAUCAUGCGCUCGUAAGAGUGCGGACUGCGGGAGCUGAAAUGUCCGGCCAAUGACGUCAUAAAAGGCGCUGUUUGCAGUUAACGCACGAAACUGCGAAGUCGAUCUACGUAAGCGCUUAGAGCUGGGCCCCACUGGUUGGCAAUUCCUUACUAUCAAGCAACUGAUCGAGGAGGCCUUGUAGUGUCGUAGACAGUCCGGGCCGUCUGUAUCUGUCUUAAAGCAGCAGGCUAUCGAACUCGACUGAGAUCAAGUUAUGCUGUUUAAGUUGUACUGUACGCUGCCCGUGCUGAGCCCUGGAGAUCACGCGACACGCGCGCGACAUACGAACGUUCAAGGUCACGAACGCGUGAUAAGAAAUCGAAGGUUCUGAUUGGCCACUCCCCGACCUAUGACGUUUCCCUAUGCCAUGCACUCCGCUAGGCUCCCGCUUGUUUAGCCUUUCGUGCGUGCCCCCCUGCGCGUUGUUGACGCAGCUUACCGAACAUGACUUCAUUGUUACCUACACCGCUAUCGUUCUAGCUAGAAACACUCCCAAACCCUCCUAUGAUUAUUGGUUGAAUUGAUUCCGACUAUGCUGCCCACGUGGCCUUCAAAGUUAAACUUCACCAGACCAAUCUGCGAGAAGUCGGAUGGCGGCACAUCGACGCGGGGAGACUGAUCUCCGAGCGGCAUUCGCCAAGCUAAAGUCGGUCAGCAUGGGAUGGAAAAGGGGUCUUCCAGAGUUGCUAUCGUUUUUGUCAGGUGUGCCGGGAAAUCCAGUCAAAACAUGGGUGAUUUCAUUACAAAUCUGACUUUCGCCAUCCAGGCCUGUCGGUAUAAAGAGAUCAAGACAAAUAAGUUCGAACAUUCAACCUUCAUUCAGAAAUUAGUCGUUAGCUCGCGUGAUGGGAAAGCAUGGGGUAACCUUUUAUCAGAAAAGAGUGUCUUUUUUAGGAAAUGGUUUGCGGCAUUCGUCCGUUUUCAGGAGCGUGUACAACACGCCCUUCGGCAGCUGAAUCUGCCGACCGUUGAAGUGAUAUCAUCCUUCGAAUGUGAAUCUGAGGUCGCCCUGGUCAACGUUGCCCGUCCUUCAUAGAGACGGCAGUCGUCAGUUCCUUCUAAACAACAACUAGGCGAUGACGAUGGGGUAUGGGGUUCCACUGACAAAACGGGAGACAAGAACUCACCUAAUGCAGAAAUGGUGCCUAUAGGAGUUUGGUGGAUGGGGUAUAUGUGACUGAAAGAUAUCUGUUUCCAGGAAACGAAAGUAAAAAAGUAACAUUUAGGCCGUUAGCUUGUUCAUGUACGCCAAUACGGCGUGAAAACACGGGCCCGAAAUUUUAAAUACUGGAAAUUUUGAGCUAUAAGUGGGUGGAAAAAAAUGAAAACCGAGAAAUUGGCUAGAUAUUGCUGUUGAACUGACCCCAGUUCGUGACGACCAGUCACAUCGAAGGAAAAAGUGUAAAGAAUAUAUCAUUAGAUCCAACCGUCGUGAUGGCAGUCACUGAAGAUAUAAUUGAAGUUGACGACGUCGAGAGCCUAACCCCUAACCUUAAACCUAUGUCCAAAGCCUAACAAUAAACUCCUAAGCCUGACCCUAGCCGCUAAUCAAAACCCCCGGCCUUUAAUCGCAAGUUCUGAUUCCAACUUUUAGCUCUUACUAGCCCCUUGCCGCAACUGACUUCUAACCCUAACUCGUAACCUAAUUGUGCCGCCGAGCCGAACGCCAACCUUAAUGGUAACACUUGGGGAAGACCUGACGGCAAAUGAGCGAUAGAGAAGGCAGGCCAAAUUAAGCAUAGUAUCGGAUGGUUAGAUUGUAAUCAGAAAGCAGUUUGCCGGUUUUUUUUCAAGAAAUGGAUCACAUCGAAAACGUAUGUCAUUUUAUAGAGCGGACGAGGUCAAACACUCAUGCCACCUACGCCACCUAAGUCAGAGAGGACAACACGGUAUUGUGAAUGUAUUCAAAUCGACACACCGUUGCAAUUACCCU